AAGGCCACGACGCACGAGGUGAUGGGCCCCAAGAAGAAGCACCUGGACUAUCUAAUACAAUGCACAAAUGAAAUGAAUGUGAAUAUUCCACAGUUGGCAGACACGCUUUUUGAGAGAACUGCAAACAGUAGCUGGGUUGUAGUGUUCAAAGCUCUAAUUACAACGCACCACCUCAUGAUGUAUGGAAAUGAGCGCUUUAUCCAGUAUCUUGCGUCCCGAAACACUUUGUUCAAUCUUAAUAACUACCUGGACAAAAGUGCCAUGCAGGGCUAUGAUAUGUCUACCUUCAUUAGGCGGUAUAGCAGAUACUUGAAUGAAAAAGCACUUUCGUAUAGACUUGUAGCAGUUGACUUCACCAAAAUGAAAAGAGGGAUAGAUGGAGUGAUGAGAACCAUGAAUGCUGAAAAGCUUCUGAAAACCCUUCCGAUCAUACAGAACCAGCUUGAUGCACUCCUUGAUUUUGAUGCAAAUCCAAAUGAACUAACAAAUGGUGUUAUAAAUGCUGCCUUUAUGCUCCUCUUUAAAGAUUCCAUUAGACUUUUUGCAGCAUACAAUGAGGGGAUUAUUAAUCUUUUAGAAAAAUAUUUUGAUAUGAAGAAGAACCAGUGCAAAGAAGGCUUGGAUAUUUACAAAAAAUUUCUAGCCAGAAUGACCAAAUUGUCAGAAUUCCUCAAAGUAGCAGAGCAAGUUGGAAUUGAUCAGGGUGACAUUCCAGAUCUUACUCAGGCACCCAGCAGCUUGCUUGAAGCACUGGAACAGCAUUUAGCUUCUCUGGAAGGAAAGAAAACAAAAGAAGUCUCUGCUGCCAGCAGAGCUAGUGCCCUAUCCAGUGCUGUUUCCACGCUUGCCAGCACAGGAAUGUCAUUUAGCAGGAUGGAUGAGAAAGAGAAGCAGCAGGCAUUGGAGGAGGAGCAAGCUAGACUGCAGGCACUUAAGGAGCAGCGAUUAAGAGAGAUUUCUGUGGUAUCAAAUUCCACUUCCACAUCAGCAUCUCCAAGUACCUUAUCAGGAAAAAGUGUGAAUACCACUGCAGCUGUUGACCUUUUUGCAGUACCAGCACCCACAACAAAUAGCAUGCCCAACCUUUCUAGUGAUCUUUUUGAUCUUCAGCCAGCAUUUGUUCCAACUGUACAGAGUACUCCAGCUAUAGCAACAUCAGCAAGCAGUGCCUGGGGAGGGUUUCCUCUUCAUUCAGCUCCUCCAAGUAGCACCUCUUCAGCAAUUAAUGCGGACUUUGAUGCUGUUUUUGGAGGAAAAUCUACUGCACCAGAGUACAGGACUACAAGUGCUUUUACUCUUCUAGAUGAGGUAUUGCAACCCACAGUACCACCACAAAGUCAAAAAACUGCUUUAGCCAAUCAGCAAAGUGGAAAAAUUUUGGCAAAUGAUCUUGAUUCUUCACUUGCUAAUCUUGUGGGAAAUCUUGGCUUUGGAGGAACUCCAUCCAAGAAAUCAGAUAUGCAGUGGACCCAGCCUACGGAGAAAAAACUUACUGGUGGAACAAACUGGCAAGCAAAAACAAGCACAUCAACCACAUGGAACCCUACUCCCUUACCCACUCUUCCACAUAUGGUACCUGCUCCUAUUGCAUACCCAGUGACCACACCUCAAGUGCCUGUAUAUGGAAUGGUACCUCCUCAGAUUGGAGCUGCUCCUUUGAUGGCACCCCAGUCAAUGAUGUAUACACAGCCUGGUCUAAGGCCAACAAACCCUUUUGCACCUGUUUCUGGAACUCAGAUACAGUUUAUGUAAAGCCGCCAAAGCAGGAAGAUAUGUGAACAACCAAAUACUGGUAAAAAGAAAAGACUGAAUUUCAUUCUUCCCAUAAUGUAUUCUUGAACAGGGCAACUGUUUCUCCCCUGUAUAAUGUAAUAUUAAUUUGAAUUGCAGUGAUUUAGAGAAUCUUGUUUAUAACAGUCAUUGUGGUAUGAAAUCAUGUUUGCUCAUUGGUUUUUAGACUGUUCAUUAGGUAACUAAUCUUUGAGGUCAACUCAGCUUUGAAGAUGAGAAUCCAACUUGCACCUUCUGAGAAGAGGGUUAUGUGAUUGCUUUGCAAUCUUAUUCAUCAGUGGAUUGCCUGUAGGAAGUUAACUGAGAACAUCAUAAAUCCUAUUUAUUUUUUCCAUAAGUUCUGUGGCUGUUGUAACCAAGACGCAACUCAAAUGAAGUUGAGCAAUAAAACUUUCAUAUGCUCUAAUAAAUACUCUGAUAGAGUAAUGCUUGCAUUAUCAUAAGGCCGAUAUUAUAAGAAAUCAGACAGCUUUUUCACAUUAGAAUAGCUUAUAGUAAUUCAUAAACUCUAUAAUGUGAGUUUUAAAUGCUGUGAAUCAACAAGAAAUAUAUAUGUAUAUUUUAUAUAUAAUGAAAAUUGCUCCAUUGGCAUAAUGUCAGUGUUACAUGGCUAGCUGAAAGGGCCAGGCUCUGACAUGGGCUAAAGGUCUUGUCUCAGAGUGGGGAAGAAGUAUGUAGCUUUUGUUACAGUGAAAGUAUAUACCCCAACAGCAGCAAAUUGGAGCAAUUAGAAAAUCUUGUUGCUAACUGCAAAAGAGGCAAGAGAGGUAACUUGUUUUAUUUUUAAAGCUCAGUUCAUUAGUUCAAAAAAAGCAAACCUUGCAAUAGUGCUGACACUUCCAGAACUGGUAACUAUAUUAAAAUUGUUCCAGCCAUAGAGAACAGCUUGUGCUGCUUUUCUGAAACAAGAACCUACUUGCAAACCAUACAAAAGUAAUUAUUUUAAAUGUGUAAAUAUAUGGAAACUUUUAAGUAACCUUUUCUUUAAUGCUGCAGUAAUUCUUCUUUCUUCUGUAGUAUUUUUAAGAUGAUAAAGCUGUAAGAAGAAAUCCAGACUUCUUUUUUGAGAGGAAAAUCUUGUGAAUCAACUAAUCUGUGAAGUAUGUUAUUGCUGACGGGUCAGAUAUACAGGCUUUUGAUGCAUCUUUCGUAUUUAACAAUCUUCCAAAAUUUAGAUUGGCUAUGAAAAUGCCUUAUGUUGUAUCUUUAAACACACAAUAAAAUGUGGCAGCACUUUUAAAAAAAAAAAAAUUAAUAAU